AUGGCACAUUGGAAGUGUUUCAUUGGGUUUUUGGUGAUUUUUGGCGUGUUGCCAGGUUUUGGCGAGGCGAACACGUGUUAUUCAUGUUCGGGAAUGUGUCAUAAUGAGGACUGUAAUUGUCAGGUUUGUUUUGGGGAGAUGGUAGGAAUUCGGGCUGGAAAUGUUUGAUCUAGAAAUUUAGAACUUUGUUUAUUUUUCCAGAAUUUCAGAGAUUUGAUCUGAUUUUUUUGAGCUCGGAAAAAUUUGGCAUCAAAACCAAAUGUUUUCGGAAGAAAUAUCAUAACUUUCAAAAAAAUUUAGCUGAAAAUAAGCCACGUGGAUCAAAGUUUUCCGAAUUUUUUCUGAUUCACAAAAAAAUUCCACGUGGCUUUGUGAAUAUCCAGCAAAAUGUUUGGAUUUUACAGCCCGAAAAAUUCCACGUGAAUUUUUGAGAGAAAUUUUCAAAAUUUUGCCACGUGUAUUUUUGAUCCUAAAAUUUCCAAUCAACCCAACAUUUUUUCCACUUGGUUAUUUAGAAAAAAUAACUUAACUUUUCAAAAAAAAAAAAAAUCAGAUGAAAAUAUGCCACGUGGAUCAAAGUUUUCCGAAUUUUUUCUAAUUCACAAAAAAAAUUCCACGUGGCUUUGUAUCCAGCAAAAUGUUUGCCACGUGGAUUUUUAGCCUAAAACUUUCAGCUCAACAUUUUUGCCACGUGGAAAAAUAUUUUUUUCAAAACCCAAAAAUGCCCAUUUCUCCCUUCUCCUCCUCUUUCUCAACGAGAGCAAAACGAGCCAACAAAAAAAAUAAAUUACUAAAAAAUUUAUGAAACUCGAAACGACCUCAUUUACGACCGCCUGAAACACAGGCAGAAGCCAAAAACACGACGACAUUAUUCUUGAUGACCCAAAGACGGGAACUCAAAUGAAGAAAAAAAUGUUUUGGACAAGAAAAGAGAACCGAAAAAAAAUUAUUUUGUUAGAGAAAAAAACAAUUUGAAUAAAAAAAUUCAGAAUCAGGAAAAUUUUUCAGAAAAAAAAAAGAAUUUUUCAGAUGGGACAAUGCAGUGCGAAACAAUGCUUCAUUGAGAAAAAACCGUCGGAUAUUCCAGGAAUUAUGAAAAUCACUAAAGGUAUGUUUUUGAAAUUUUCGGGGAUUUUGAAAUCCGGAAAAUCUGUUGUGGCAGCGAUUUUUUUCAGAAAUCAAUUAAAAUUUUGAAUUUUUUGAAAAUUCCGUUAUUACCGAAAAUUUUUAUAAAAUUUUUUUGUGAUUUUCGGAAACUCUUAAAAAUGUUGACCAGCCUUCUGAAGAUCAAAUUUCCCCUCAAAAUUCCAAAUUCUUCCAGGUUGCCUCCGUCGAACUCCUCGAAUCCACCACGGCUGCGAAUACGAUCACUUCUCCGAUCACAUUCUCUGCACAUGCGAAGGUCCAUACUGUAACAAUCGUAUAAUAAUGAAUUCCACAAAACAUCGACAUUCUGUAGAAUGUCGAAACUGCCCCGAGAAGAAUCCCGAUUGCGGUCAAACAUGUCGAGGCAAUUGGUGUCACGAAGAUCUGCUGACUGGUGCAGCUGGAUGUGGACAUGGUCCACCAGCUCUUCCAUUUUUCUAUCGAGGUCCAACAAUUUUCUAUUAUCGAAGUCGAGUUUGUGUGAUUCUAUCGAGAGGCGCUGGAAAACCUCGAAGACAUUGUAUUUGUCAACAGAAUCGAUGCAAUUCUGUAUAUUUGAGCAAUCAGAACUCAUAUAAUUCGGAUCGUGAAAAAUCGAUAGCUACUAGAAAUAUUGCGAUGAGUAUUUCUGAACCGGGGCUUCCUUUACAUGUUUGUGUUAGUUGUGAGACAACAGCACAAGAACAAUUACCAAGAACAACGAAUUGUCAAACAAAUCGAUGUUUGGGGCAUUUUUGUACUUAUGCAGCGAAUCGGAAUUGGGGAGGAAGUGGUAGAUUAAAUAUGGUACAAUCCUUGACAGAACUACAGGGUUGUAUGAAUGUUACUGAUAGCCAAUAUGUGAGUUUUGAAUUAAAUUUUGGAAGUUUUUGAAAUUUUGAAUCACGAAAUGAAAAAAAAUACUUCACGUGUUUUAUAUUUUUUAAAAACGUGAACUUUUUUCAUUUUCAAAAAACUCACCAUUCCCAAAUUUUGCAGGUUCUCAAAGGUUGCUCACGAAAAUGGAUGCCAGAUGUUUCCGAAGAAGUUCAUUGUGCCUGCGUUGGUGAUCUUUGCAAUAGUGAUUCAGUCACCGCCGUCUCCUCUCCAAAAUCAAUCAAUACUGUGAUUUUUCAAACUUUGAUAGCGUUUUUGCUCAUAUUUUAUGUAUAA